CCAGGCUGUGUUCUCCAGGCGCCUCCUCCUCCUCCUCCUCCACCUCCUCCAAACAUGGCGCCGCUCCGCAGCAUUGCAGCUCCCCCGACGCGCGACGCAGAGCGAGACCGAAGGAGGAGGACGAGAAGCGGCUAGCGGCUCAUCUCCAACGCGUCCCACACACUCUUUUGACACCGACACAACUCUCUCGCUCUUUUCCACGGAGACGCAACGUGGAGCUUUUGGAGACGUUUACGCGUCAGGCUGGGCGCGGAGCGGAGAGCCCACCUGUCCGACGGAGGUAGACCUCAGUCCUGUGGAUGAAGGAUGUGAGCGUCUCUGAUUCCUGUGAGACAAGGAGGCACACCGAGCGGACACGCGCGCGUGGCUCGUCGUCAGGCGGGCUCCGGUAAAAACAUGUGCGGCCCCGUGAGGAGCCGAAACACGGAGGCUGUAGAGGACUGAGUUUUUCCAGGGGGGGGGGGGUGGGGGGGGACACAUACUUUUUCCUCUCUUCCACUACAAGAGGAUGGAUGGAGAACAUUACGCGCUGUCAGGAGUCGAGAGGGAACGAGAGAGGCUUCCACCAAUUUACAACAGCUCCGCUCCUGCUGCCUUUGGGCGAGGAGCUAAGCAGCCGUUUCCCUCUUUGGGCUCCUUCAUCUCCACUCUGAGCCAGCGGAGGGAGGCGGGGGGACGGGGCGUUGCUGGCGGCAUGACGGGCACCCUGAGCGGCACCCUGAGCGGCACCCUGAGCGGCACCCUGAGCGGCACCCAGUGGCUCAGACAUGGGAGGGAGCUCCCUCCCAUCUGCAGCGACGUGCGACAAAAGCAUCGGCUCUCCAUUGACACUCUUCCCCCGGAGGUCAAAGCUCCGUUCCCCUCGGACCCCAUCCUCCCCCCGCGCACCAAGACCACCAAGGAGUUCCAGGAGGACAUGGAGCGAGCCGUCCAAUCGGGGGACUGGAGGGAGGUCCGAGAGUUUUACCUCACCACCUUCGACUCCUUCAUCGAAAUCAACGCCGCCUUCAAGCGAGAGGCGAACGGAUCCUUCAACACCAUCGACGACUCGGGAGUCAACGCCAAGUUUGUCAACGCUGUUUACGACGCGCUGCUCAGCACACCUCAGGACAUCCAGAAGUCGGUGUUGAAAGGGAUCAUCAACAGUCUGCUGAGGGAGUGGAAAGGGCCUCGGACGAAAGACGACCUUCGAGCUUAUUUCAUUCUCGUUCAGAACCCGCAGUACUCAAGCACCAGCACCUAUGUGAUCUACGCUCACCUGCUGAGGCAGAUUGCAGCUCUUUCCGAGGCAGACCACCACUUCCUGGUUCAUUGGCUCAAAAAGCUGUCGGCGCGGCGCUUCAGGCAGCCGGUGGAGCGCCUCCUGCAGUUCAUCUCCACCCGACUGUUUCCCGCAGAACCAGAUGAACUUCCUCCUCUGGCCAAGUGCUCCUGGUGGAUUCCCUCCGCCACCAAAGUGCUCGGCCUGUUCAACGCAGCCAACAGCGUCUCCUCUGCUCCCAUCAUGCCCUUCACCGACUUCUACAACAUCACGCUGGAGCACAUCGACUUCAUGGAGGAGUACCGGACCUGGCAGAACUACGGCAACUCAAACAGGUUUUCCUUCUGUCAGUUCCCCUUCAUCCUUUCAACAGUGGUGAAGAAAGCCAUCAUCCAGAAGGACUCUGAGCAGCAGAUGAUCAGCCAGGCCAGGCAAAGCCUCGUCAGCAAGGUGUCUCGCCGGCAGAGAGUGGACAUGAACCUUCUGUUUCUCAACAUUAAAGUACGACGGGCACAACUCCUGAGUGACUCACUGGAUGAGUUGACGAGGAAGCGGUGCGACCUGAAGAAGAAGCUGCGGGUGACGUUUGUCGGGGAGGCGGGGCUGGACAUGGGCGGCCUGACGAAGGAGUGGUUCCUGCUGCUGGUCCGACAGAUCUUCCACACGGACUACGGAAUGUUCACCUACAUGAGGGACUCGCGCUGCCAUUGGUUCAGCAGUUGGAAGUGUGACAACUAUUCAGAGUUCCAGUUGGUCGGGACCCUGAUGGGCUUAGCCGUUUACAACAGCAUUGCUCUGGACAUCCACUUCCCCCUCUACUGUUACAGGAAGCUCCUGACUCCGCCCACUGUACCGUGUGACCAAAAUGCCCCUGUCGGCAUGGCAACUGCCACCUUGGACGACCUGCAGCAGAUCAUGCCGGAGCUGGCUCAUGGUUUGGGAGAGCUGCUGAGCUACGAGGGGAACGUAGAGGAGGACUUCUACCUCAUGUUCCAGGUCUUUCAGGAAGAAAUGGGCGUGGUCAAGUCCCACAACCUGAAGCCCGGAGGAGACAAAAUUCCCGUCACCAAGCACAACAGGAAGGAAUACGUCCAGCUCUACAUCGACUUCCUGCUGAAUAAAUCCAUCUGUAAACAGUUUGCGGCCUUCUACCACGGCUUCCACAGCGUGUGUGCCUCUGACGCUCUCAUGCUGCUGCGGCCGGAGGAGGUGGAGAUGUUGGUGUGCGGGAUUCCGGAGCUGGACAUGAGCGCUCUGCAGAAAGCCGCCCAGUACGAAGGAUACGGCAAGACCGAGACCACCGUCCGGUGCUUCUGGGACGUGGUGCUGGCCUUCCCUCUGGAGCUACAGAAGAAGCUCCUCCACUUCGCCACAGGAAGUGACCGCGUCCCCGUGGGAGGAAUGGCUGACCUGAACUUCAAAAUCUCCAAGAUCGACGUUCCAACGGACUGGUUGCCGAUCUCUCACACCUGCUUUAAUCAGAUCUGUUUGCCUCCUUAUCGAACCAGGAAGGAGUUAAAGCAGAAACUCACCAUCGCCAUCUCCAACGCCGAAGGCUUUGGCCUGGAGUGACGCGCCUGCACACACACACACACACACACACACACUGAAACACACACAAACAUGUGUAGACUGUUGUGAUGUCAACUUUAUAUCACAACUACCACAACACAUGUGGCGGCUGGUUAGAUGAACUGGAUGUCAACUAAUGGCUCAAACAGUUAUUGUGUUGUUAUUUUGUUGAACCCGUCCGUUUGCCGUUGUCAUGCUUUGUUCAUUUGCAGCCGAGAAACACAAUGUUCUCCCUUUUGAUUUGCACCGUGUGAGCUCUAAUUUAAGGCCACGCCGUAUCGAACACGGUGUCAUUCUUUAUUUAUUUGUCGGCGUCUGUAAUGUCAUUUAAAGGAACAUGUCGUUCCGCGUCGGCCUCCCAGAGACGUAACCGGUGAAGCACUACUUCCUCUUUGGUGACUUUUAGAUGUCGCUGGUCCCGUAGCGUUAACGUGGGUUGAACGUCGUGUCACCAAAACAGUGGACUUCUGUGGAAUUGUAACAGGAUGCUGAUUUACUCAGGAAAUGAUUAUGUUACUGUUUGUUUUCACGGACUUACAGGGGUUCUCAUUGGCAUUUCAUUUUGUGAAACUUAAAUUAAACGAUCCAGAGUAAACAGAGAGUAAACGCCUCCAUAAAUGAAGAAAGAAAAGCUCAAUGAUUUUGAGGUAACGGAUUAAAAGAGAGAAGUCAUUUCAUGCCACAGAAAACAAACGUUUCAUAUUUCCUGUCAUGUGCUCAUUCUUACUUACACUGCAUUGGUAACUUUUCCAAUAUAUGUUUUUGAAUGCAUAGGAAACAUGUUGCGUAUCACUCCGCUUUGUGUGCAGCCCACUGUCAGGAUAUUAAGCUUAGCUGGGAGAACAACGCUGGUGUUUCUUCACGGGAUAAAGAUCGUCUUUGUUACUGUUGUUUCUUUUUGACGUUGCUGCCUGUGUUAUUGAACAAAAGGCUUCAGCAGAAAUGUUUUGACUUUGUUUUAAACGUCGUGACUGCGGUUGGUUUACGAUAACUGUCGGUGACGCAUCGGCGAACCCGCUGGACGCUGACUUGCUGGCCGUCGGUCGGAGGAUGAAGCAGGUUGUCGUGUUGCUGCACCCGAAGAGUCAGACUGCUCUGUGCAUAGUAUUCGAUUGCACCGAAGAUCCGCGUUUGGGCCUCCCCGGGCCUCCUCUUUUUUUCUGACACUCGGCGCUGACGCGUGUAGCGUUUCCAUGGCGAGGCGUCUGGAGCCCCGACGAUCAACUGACAAAAGAGCCCAGAAGUUACCAAGCAACAGUCACAGCAUCUCACACGGGUCGAAUCCGGGCGCCUCCUUCCACAACAGAGGCGCUUUGAGAAGGACCUCAUUCCACAUUCACACCACGAAUUCUGGGUCUCCAAAUGGGACGGGAAGCCUUCACGGUCGAGCGGGAUAACGUGAGGUCAGAAAAGUUGUUGCUUUUGAUGUGUGGAUACCAGCCCGGCGUGUUUGUAAGUGGGACCAAACUGUGUCAGGUUAUACAGUGGGACGGCGCUUUGAGAAUAGCUCAAAACCGCUUCAAAAGAAUUCGUUGAGAUGUAAUUAUUUUCACUCGUCCGAUGUCACGAGAGCGCGUAAAAAGUCAAGAAAGGUCACGUGUUUCUGAUGUGUUUUUAAUUAUUAAUAUUUAAUGGUGGUUUAUCAUGUUGUGGACACGUAGUUCUGUUCUGUUUUACCACUCAAAGACGUUUGUAAUGCUUCUCUGUUGUCUGUUUAUACUGCAGCUUUUCCACAAGUAGGUACAGUAAAAAGUGGAAGAGGGCUCAUCA